CACCGCCAUCUCCACUAAAACUUAGGAAGUGCAGCUCUUAUCAUGCAUAUUCAUUUUCAUUCAGCAAACUGCAACAAACACAAGAUAAUAUUUCACAUCAAUACUGGCAGAGGAGACAUUUUGGCACUAAAUUUGGUUCAGCUGUAACAGAAGUAGAUUACAAGCAAAACAUAUGAGCCAAUUGAAUCAGCUGGCUGGCUCCAGUAUGUCACUAGUAGAAGUGCUAAAAAACAGAUGUCAUGAUGAUUCAGAUGCUACUAUUUCUGCUGUUCCUUGGGUCCUUUUGUUCAGCUGCACCUCGACUUUCGGAAAAUGGUGAUUGCCUGUUACAAAACAGCAAACUACAGCAAAGAUUAAAAGUGCUCCAAGACUUAUCCCAGUUAUAUGAACUCCAGUUGAAAGACCUCUUGGGAAACAACUAUCACAGAAGAAAGAGCCGGGUUUUCUCUGCCAGGAAGACAGCACAGCAGAACAUCCUUUUGCCCACCACUAGUGGGAGUCUUUUAGUCUAUGAUCAAGAUUGUGCAAUGGCAUUUAACAAUGGGAAAACCAGAAGUGGAUACUACAGAAUUAGACCUAGAGUGGACAGAGAACCUUUCCUUGUGUACUGUGACAUGUCAGAUGGAGGAGGAUGGACCGUGAUCCAACGGCGCAGCAAUGGCAAAGAGAAUUUCAACAGACAAUGGGCUGAUUACAAACAAGGAUUUGGAAAGUUCCAGAGUAAGAAUGACGAAUAUUGGUUGGGUAAUGAUAAGAUCUAUGAUCUGCUGCUUAGGGAGGAAAAUUCAUUGAAAAUUGACCUGAUGGACUGGCAUGGGGAGACACGAUAUGCAAUUUAUGAUAAUUUCCAGAUCCAAAAUGAAAUGAACAAUUACACGAUAUGGGUUGGCACCUUCUCUGGGACUGCAGGGGAUGCUUUCUCUGGAGGGAGCAACUUUGAGGAGCAGUGGUCUGCAUCAAUCAAUGGGAUGCAAUUCUCUACAGUGGACAGGGAUAAUGACCGGUUCCUAACGGGCAGCUGUUCAGAAGAGAACAAAUGUGGAUGGUGGUUUAACAGAUGCCAUGCAGCAAAUCUCAAUGGACAAUAUUACAAAAAGGGGAAAUACACUGGUUCCUUUGACAAUGGAGUGGUUUGGUCAACGUGGCGAGGACUGUGGUACUCCCUCAAAUACACAGCCAUGAAGAUCAGGCUCCAGUCUUUUGCUGAUGUAACGAGCGGAGAUGGUGAACACAAUUAAGAAGGGAUCAAACUUCUAGAACCAACUGCCCAUCAAUCAAGAAAGAGCCCCAAAUGAUAAACCGGACUAAUUUUGAAAAGAUACUUCAGGAGUAGCUUCUUGAAGUCUGGAAAGUAUAUUGUUGAGAGUUUGGAGU